UUCAUUUGUCGACCAGAAACCGGUGAUCCAUCCCCGCGACUUCUUUCCUCGUCGCCGGCGGCGGCCAUGUCCAUCCCCGGGAACGGCCAUCUUCCGGCCUCCGCCGACCUCCCCGACCACUCCUCCUCCGCCUCCGACUCCGAGGCCGAGUCCGAGGCCGACUACCGCCCCAUCUCCGGCGCCGCCACCGACUCGGACACCGACCCAGAUCCCGACCCGGCGCCGCACCACCACAGCCUCGGCUCCCUCGGCAACGGCGUCUCCGAGCUGGAUCUCGGCUCCGAAGGCGACGACCGCGACGGCGCGGACGGGGAGGAGGCGGAGGAGGAAGGCCUGCGGCUCGGGGAGGCGGCGGCACGGGCGUUCUCGGAGGACGAGCGCCGCCGCCGCGCCCCGCUCCCCGCGGGCGCCGCGGCGCGGAUCGUGGACGCGAUGCGCGGCGUGGAGUUCCCCGGCGCGCCGCCGCCGUGGGCCGGCCGCGUCCCCGAGGACCAGUGGGUCGACCGCCUCCGCUCCCUCCGCGCCGGCCAUCCCAACUAGGAGGAAUUCAUUCGCUUUUUGGGUGCAAAUUUCUGUGAACUUGCGAUCUACUUUGUACUGUGUACCACAAACAAUUCGGUUUUGCUUAUUUCAAGCUGAGUUGGUGGCUUGCUGCUGCUUCUUCCUGCGAAAUUCUCGCACAAAUCAUUUGCAGUAACAUUUGUAUUGGUUCUUGUUCUUGUAUGUUUGAGUAAUCAAUUACUGUAUUCUUGAUUUUCCUACACA